UCUUACUCAAAAACAUUCCCUAACCCUCAUCCCAAAUCUCCUGUAACCAUGGAUGGCAGUCAAUUCCAACAGAUGAUAGAUAUAGCGCACCCUGGUGACCUCCCUCCAGUGGAGGUCAGCCUCUGCAACACAGACAUGAAGUCAGGCACAGCCAACCACAGCAUCCUAUCCAUCGGGGAGGAAGAGGGAGCAGGCAAUUUCCUGCGUUCUAUCCCAACACGAGAAUCCCUUCAGUGCCCUCGGGGCUCGGUUGUGAGCUUCCACGACAUCCAGUACACCAUCAAACAGUCCCACGGGCCCCUCUGCAAACGGACAACGGUGAAGAAGGUGGUUCUCCACAAUGUGUGUGGCAUUAUGAAGCCGGGUUUGAAUGCUAUCCUGGGACCAACAGGGAGCGGCAAAUCCUCUCUCCUAGAUGUGCUGGCUGCUAGAAAGGACCCUGCUGGCCUGUCUGGGCAAGUGCUCAUAGAUGGCUUCCCGCAACCUCCAAAUUUCAAGUGUAUCUCAGGAUAUGUCGUGCAGGAUGAUGUGGUUAUGGGCACACUGACGGUGAGGGAGAAUCUACUCUUCUCUGCAGCCCUGCGCCUCCCCGGCUCCAUCAGCUUUAAAGAAAAGGAAGAGCGGGUCAGCCAGAUAAUCACUGAGCUGGGGCUCAGCAAAGUAGCUGAUGCUAAGGUAGGAACGGAACUAAUCCGAGGGGUGUCAGGUGGAGAGCGGAAGAGAACCAACAUUGGCAUGGAGCUCAUCACGGAGCCCCCAGUCCUAUUCCUGGACGAACCCACCACCGGCCUGGAUGCCAGCACGGCCAACGCGGUGCUCAUCCUCCUGAAGAGGCUUUCGAGAAGAGGUCGGACCAUCAUUUUCUCUAUCCACCAGCCACGCUAUUCCAUCUUCAAGCUCUUCGACAGCCUAACUUUGUUGGCUUUGGGAAAGGUGCUGUAUCAUGGUCUGGCUAAGCAAGCCCUGACAUAUUUUAGUUCUAUCGGGUAUCAAUGUGAGCCCUUCAACAACCCGGCUGACUUCUUCCUUGACGUGAUAAACGGUGACUCCACCGCCGUGGCGGCAAGCAAAGGUGAUCCGAGAAGCCUGGACAACGGAGGGACUGGAGGAGGGGUAAUCGGUGAUGACGAGCAGAAUGUGGACAAGAGCGUGGUAGAAACUCUGCACCAGCAGUACCUGAACUCCAGCCAGUAUCGGAACACGGGAGAAGAGCUGAAGAAAAUGGCACUCAGACAGCAGAAUGAGCAGGGGAAGUCGAGGCGUGUGAAUGAGGUCACAUAUGCAAAUGGCUUCUUCACCCAGCUCUACUGGGUGUCCAAACGUGCCAUCAAAAACCUCAUCAGGAACCCCCAGGCAUCUGUGGCACAGAUCGCAGUGACCACCCUCCUUGCCCUGAUUGUGGGGGCCAUCUUUUUCGGAAUAAAACUAGACCAAAGUGGCAUUCAGAAUCGGGUUGGAUCCUUGUUUUUUGUAACUACAAACCAGUGCUUUUCCAGCGUAUCAGCGGUCGAGCUGUUUAUAAAGGACAAGAAAUUGUUUGUCCAUCAGUACACCAGCGGGUACUACCGAGUGUCAGCAUACUUCUUUGCCUUGAUCAUUGGAGACCUUUUGCCCAUGAGAACUCUUCCAGGCAUUAUCUUUUCGUGCAUAAGUUACUGGAUGAUUGGCUAUCAGGCAGUAGCAGGACGGUUCUUUUUCUUCAUGCUGACACUGGUACUAGUAUCCUACACAGCCACGGCCAUGUCUCUGGCUAUCAGCGCUGGGAUGAAUGUGGUGGCCAUUGCCAAUCUGUUUAUCACGAUUUGCUUUGUCUUCAUGCUUAUCUUUUCUGGCCUGUUGGUGAACCUUCCUUCUGUGAUGGGAUGGUUGAACUGGCUCAAAUACUUCAGCAUCCCCAGAUACGGCCUCACGGCCCUGCAAGUCAAUGAAUUUAGAGACCUUUACUUCUGUGGUGAGAACCUCCAGAAUAUCGCUGCAUCCCCCGGGGAUGCGGCUGAUUGCUCCUCCAAUGCUACACAAUUUGGAGAAAUGUGUUAUGGUGAAACAUAUCUGUGCCGCCAAGGGAUUGCAUCUACCAACUGGGCCAUGUGGGAAAACAUAGUGGCUCUAGGCUGCAUGACUGCCAUCUUCCUCUUGAUAGCCUAUGGGAAACUCCGAUUCAUGAAGAAGUUCACCUAGCCUCACCGUCACUUUACUCUGUGAUUUACCUCAGGACUUGGAACUGCAAAGUUUGUCAGGCCCAUGCUCAUUGAAGACCAAUGAAAGAUUCAGUGGGCAUCGGCUUGAGCCCAGUGUACAAAAUAUGGCCACUCAUCAAGCACAAGAAACAUCUAUUAUGUGAUCAUGAGUAACAUUUUUUACCUUGUCUAUAGUUAAAUUGCUGGCUAUUUUAUUGUAAGGAAUUGUUAGACUAUCAUGUUCUCUUACACACUCCUGUAAAAGUGCACUCUAAUUUAUAUAACUUCAUUAUUCUGUGGCCACUGUCUGCAGUAUCUCAGGAAAACAUAUUUAAACAUAUACAUUAAUAUAAACCAGAUUUCAUUUUGGCAAUCACCUUUGUUCUGUCCAUCACUGGUAUAUAAUGACUGUUUUUCUGCACUGGUAUUGGAUUUUUACUAGUGCCUACUAUUGGAUCAAAAUAGAGGCCUAUUCUAUGAGGCGCUUCAAGGUUUAAGACUAGAAAACAUUUUGAAUUGCCUUGCUUUGCAAACUGGGCAUGGUGCAGAUUUUACUUCUAGUAGCACCAUAACAUGAGAAGCUUUCCCCAUACCAAAAUCAGCUCUCCUCCCACAAGGUAAAGAAGAAAGAUCAGCUAUGUAGGACCUGCCAAACACAAACAGGCUCAUGGUCCACUAAUGUGGUCUUUCUCAACCUGUGGGCCUCAACCUCAGAGGGGCACAGAGCAGGCUGUGGAAUUUAACAUUGCAGAAUUGGAAUUUUUCAAUAAUAAACAAAUGUUAUGCCUAAUUCUAUACAUAUAGUGAUUGGCUGCAACCAGUAAGUCAUAUACACCAAAGGUUACCAUAGCAGCACUGAAGAUUCUGCAGUUAUUUCUUAUUCUGAGUAUAGGGAAAGAGUGCAAAUACAAAUUGCUGAUAUAGACUAACACGGCUACCACUCUGAAACCAGUGCAAAAUCUGAUACCUCUGUGUGAUACAUUGGUAAAUGUAAAAAUAACAAGGAGUACUUGAGGCACCUUAGAGACUAACA